AGGUAAAAGCAGCGGCCGCAGCAGCGACAGCUUUGGCCCCAACAGCGCCAACUUGUACCACCGCGGGCAAUGCACGAACAGUCGCUUAGCAGUAGCACACCAGCGGUGCCGUCGUGACAAUCGAUGCGGUGGUGAAAACUCAGUACAAUUCUACGGUCUUCCCUUGCUGGAAGGACGGUCGCACUCUUGGCCACUAUGUGUUAUUAUUGAAGAUAAACGGAAACUGAAUAAAUUUAGUGUAAAUAAAAAAUAGCAAAAUAUAAUAUAGUGCAAUUAAAAACAAGCAAGUCAAUAAUUCUUUGCAAUAGAGUGUGAAAUGAAAUGUUGUUCUACGCCUGAAAAGUAGUGAGGCUCUUGCGUAUACGAAAAAUUUUCAACGAACAACUUGAAAUUUUAUUCUUCCUUCUGCUUCUUCUGCAAAUACGCAACAACAUAAUAUUCUGUGUAUCUGAAAACUGUAACGCCACCACCACAGCGCCCAACCACCCAACCGAACACCCACUUCUACGCUGCCAUCACACGAUUGCAGUUGUGUGUCACACCGAAAAAAACCAAAAAAAAAAUACAGAAAAAUAAUGAAAAAGAUAUAAUAAAAACAAAAACGGGAGAGCGAAAAGAAAAAAGUGUAUACAGGAAGAAAGGGCUGCGACGAAAACCUCUUCAGUGACAACGUAAAUGGUGCUAAUCGCGGUACAAGUGGAGUCUGAAUAAUCGAAUCGAGCGAGACAUACAUACAUACAUUCUGACCGAGUGAAAAUCGGACGAAAAAUACAACGAAAAGAACGUCGGGAAAACAACAGUGUUUCACUUUUUUAUUAGCAAAUAUUUAUACGAAUGUAAUGUGCUAUUUUAAUGCCAUCACCUCGUUAGCUAUUAUAUACACAACAGUGUAAAUCGUCACACACACAUAUACACACAUAUAUGUGUGAUUUAAAAUCAUAAAAGACUGAAAAGUGCAAAUGCAAGUGACAGUGAAAAUAAGAUAAACGCGUUUAAUAUUGCAGGCACGAAGUUAAGCAGGCGUAAGCUGUGCGAAUAUCCUUUGAGGAAACAAUCAAAAUAACAAUAGGGCUUUAGAGACAAAGCUCAAAUAAUCGCGACAACUACAACAACAACACAAGCAGCCACAAAAACAAAAAAACAAUACAAAAUGAUUGUCCGAAGAAGAAGCCGUCGAGCUCGUAUGUGGAAUAUGGGACUAUUGUUCCUUAUUUACUACUGUGUUAGUGUCUACUCGGCCAAGAGUGAGGGAAGAACAGAAAGUAUGUUUAAUGCCGAGAAUUUGCAAGAAGAAGGGGAUAGCGGAGUAGGUGAGACAGGCGGCAAUGAACCCUCAGAUAGUGAUCUUGCGGACACCGAUGUGAUGGAUAGUACGCUCAGUUCUUUAACUACAACGGAGAGUACUGUUAUGACAACAGAAGCCACACACGCUGCUGCCAAACACGCCGUACCCACUUGGCGACCAAAACGCAAUUGUACCCCGCCCGCCAUCGAACAAUUUCCUCAGCCAUUGAUGGGUAAAUGGGCACGUCAGCAUGGUGGACUCAUCAUUCACGUACUCGUUGCCAUUUUUACAUUCUUCGGUUUGGCUAUCGUUUGUGAUGAAUACUUUGUCGCCAGUUUGGAUCGCCUGUGUGAAGAAUUGAAGUUGUCACCCGAUGUAGCGGGUGCUACUUUCAUGGCAGCGGGUAGUUCCGCGCCCGAAUUGGCAACGGUAGUGAUUGGUGUAUUUUUUGCGAAGGACGAUAUCGGCAUAAGCGGUGUUAUUGGCUCGGCGGUGUUCAAUAUCAUGUUUGUAAUAUCGGUCUGUGCACUAUGCUCUGGCACUGUGUGUCAACUGAAUUGGUGGCCAUUGGUGCGUGAUUGCUUCUUCUAUAGUCUUUCGAUAUUAGUGAUGCUGAUUAUCAUCUUUAAUGACGUUAUAUCUUGCUACGAGUCCGUCUUCAUGUUGCUGUGUUAUGUGGGAUAUUGUGUGGCGCUACAUUUCAAUACGGAACUGGAGCGUUGGGCUUUGUCGUUAAAUCUACCAUUCAAGUUACCCACAAAGGAAGAGCAAUCAUCGUUGGUGACAUAUAAGAACAUGCCGGAUAACUCAUAUACACAAGGCACUCAGCAGCAACAACAGCAAACAAGCCUUACACAAGACGGUGCAUCUGGUUCACAGCAACAGCAACAGGCAACAAGCGAUUACCAAAGCUAUGGAGAAUCAAAUACCAGUUGGGAUCCAAACGCCGCUUGGGGCGAUGAACCGUCGACAAAUCCAGUGGGAGUCAGUGUUAGAUACGGCCAACCGCCCGGCGAAGAUGACUGGGGCACGAAUACGUUCUACGCCUCUGGACCCGGUUCGGGACAAGAUAAUAUGGCUUAUAAUCCCGAUCAACCGGAUGCCGUCGUCACACAAACAAACACAAAUGGUGACGGCAGCAAACCGAGUGUAGGUAAACCGCAACCAGCUGGUGUUGAAUAUUAUAAAUCAGCUGAUAAAUCGAAAGAGGCACGCCCCAAUCCAUUGGAACGUCCCACGGAAGGCGGACUUCCAACACUGAUCGCCUGGUAUGUCGUCUAUCCCAUACAUUAUUUAUGCCAGAAAACUAUGCCAGAUUGUCGCACCGAAAAAUACCGUAAUUGGUAUCCAUUCACAUUUAUCGUAUCGAUGAUAUGGAUCUCGUUCUAUUCAUAUUUUAUGGUUUGGAUGAUAACCGUGAUUGGUUCAACAUUGGCCAUACCAGACACGGUUAUGGGAUUGACAUUUGUGGCUGCUGGUGUAUCUGUACCCGAUGCCCUAAGCUCAAUAGCGGUAAUCAAAGAAGGCUUCGGCGAUAUGGCCGUAUCGAAUGCGAUCGGCUCGAAUGUCUUUGAUAUCCUAGUGUGCUUAGGUCUUCCGUGGUUUAUACAAACGGCCAUUAUAAAGCCUGGCUCGCACGUCAAUGUCAUCUCGAAAGGCUUGGCAUACUCCACCUUAUCGCUCUUCUCGACGGUCAUCUUUCUCAUUAUGUCCACACAUUUGAACGGCUGGAAAUUGGACAAACGACUCGGCAUUAUACUGAUGAUUUGGUACUUGUGCUUCAUCACAUUGGCCUCGCUGUAUGAGUUGAACGUAUUUGGUUACAUGAACCCACCGGAAUGCGCCAGUGAAUAUUAGAAAAAUCAAUGUGGCUGUAUUAUGAAUGUAGGUACAACACAGAGGAAGCUGAAAACACAAGAUAAUACCAAAUCAAGCAUUCACAGGACGAAGCUAUUUAUUUACAGAUACACUACAUAAGUUCAAUAAAUAAAUGGGUCGACAUCAAGAAGGUUUCGCAGUCUAAGAAGCAGCAAAACAAAGUGCAGCUUACAUGCACAUCUACUUAUUUGUAUGUGUGUAAGCCAAGCGAUUUGGAUUUUGUUACGUUGCUGAGCGGCUGUGUUGCGAAGCUGGACAAAUGCAUUUGUUAAGUUAACUCCACGUUUUGAUUUCAUGUCUUCUGCGAACGCAUCAUUCACAUGAGCAACUGGCACAGAACACAACCACAACCGCAUACUUAUGCAAAAAAUACAAAAAAAAAAGCAAACAAACAGUUAUUGUACUUGAGUACAUGUGCCAAGUACAGCGAGUCUGCAUCAAACUUUAAGCUUCAGAUCUCAUUACCUACCGGUGCAUACUGGACAAAUGCUGACACACUGGCACUCAUACAUACAUAGAUAUACAGAUUAACGGCUGCAUAACUAACAAUUCUCGCCAUUAUCAAUUAAACGGCAACAGCUGUGCACUCAACGCCAUGAAAUAGUCAAAUACAGGGUGAUUGCGAAGAACUUGUAGUCGUGUUGGCGUUGAUUUGUUAAUGCACGUAACGUUAAACUCGACUUGUUAACUAGCUGAAAAUAUAUAAUUACUUGAAUAUAUCUUACUGUAUGAAACCUACACAAUCUGCUCCUCUUCCUCUACUUCUGGCGCCUCCACUGAAAAACUUCCAGAUAUUGCAGAAACAUACGAGACAAACUCAAAGAAGUUAUGAUGAAAAUAUAAACAAUUAUAAGAAUAGCUAAAAAUUAAAAUGAAACGAAAAGAUAGCAUAUACCAUAUUAGCACGGCACCAUAUUUACAACAACAUUUUAAUAUACAAACCAAUUCGUAAAAGUAAAAUGUUAGUACAUACGUUUUUACAUCGCACGAAGCAACAAGUUAUAUAAUACUAUGUAUAAUAUAAAUUCAUAUGUAUGAAAAAUAUUGACCUAAUGCAAGUAAUACUCCUAACGUAAAAUGUCUAAAAUGAAAGCUAUAAUAACAAUGCGCUUCAAAUGACUCUUUUUGAGGUCAUCUCUUAAACAGUUCUUAUAUAUGUAGAUAUUUAAAAGCUAAUAUUUGUUAGAUAUAUUUUUUAUUAUUACGAAAAAUACUUUAAUUUUAGUUUAAAGAAUGAACUAAUGAAAAACGAGUAUUUCAAAUUAUAUAUUUUAUUUUCUUUAUUAAUAAAAUAUUUUAAAACUUACAAACAACAUGUUUUUUAUAAAUUUAAUUUUUUUGAUUAACAAAAUAUUUGAAAUAUUACAAAAAAAAAUGUUUGUUAUAAAUUUAGUUUUUUUUAUUAACAAAAUAUUUGAAAUAUUACAAAAAAAAAUGUUAUAAAUUUAUUUUUUUAUUAAUAAAGUAUUUAAAAAAUUCCAAAAAAAUGUAAAUUUAAUUUUUUUUAUUAACACAACAUUUAAAAAUUAAAAAAAAAAAAACAUUUUCGAAAUAUAUUUGAAACAAAUAAAAAAAAAAUAGGUGAAAAAUGUAUCUCCUGUGAAAAUUUCGAAAAUAAUAAAAUAUGCAUUUAGAAAUUUACCCUUCGGUUUUGGUCAGAGAAAAAAAUGUUCAACGCUUUGUAAAAAAUAUGAUUAUAAGGCAUGAUACACUUUUAUUUGAAAAAAAUUAGUUUAUUGAAUUAAUUUUCGCUAUUUUAGCAAUUAUAAGGUGUUAACACUUUCUAUUUCCGAAUCUUCAUAACGAAAAUGUGCUCUGUAACAAAUUUUGAUACAUUAAUCAUCUUUGUAGCCGAAAUGUGACUUUGGUUAAGACUUUUAAAACCAUAUAUUGCCCAUAAAAAAACAAAGUUCGAGUAGAUAAAUUUUAGGAAUAAACACAGAAUAGUUAUAAACAAAUGUCCCAUUUUACUGCAUAGUAAAGAAUAAAAAAUUUUACAAAUCCAAAGAAAUUUUCGAUUUUUAAAUAGAGUUUUUGUGUAUUUUAUAUUUUUUUAUUAGAGAUAAUAUAAAAAACUUUUAAUAUUUUUCAUUCCCUUUAUUGCUGAGAACGUGUAAAAUCCUUUAGGUCGUACCCAUAAGGCUAUGCGCUUAGUUUAAGCUGAAGAAAAGUGUGAACAAUAAUAAAUUUUUGACUUUCCAAGCGAAAGCCAGCGAAAAAACAAGUUUCAAGUUAAGAAAGUGCUAAAAUAAAAUUAGUAGAUAUAUAAAAUAUUUCCAUGGUUUGGCUAUCUAUCCUUUCUAAAUUAUACUUUGUACCUUUAUAUUAUUUUCCUAAAAUAAUUUUAUAAGACAAAAUUCCAAAAAUAUAUGUUAUAAUCUCUCGUUUAACCUCAUCAGACACUUAUGUAUGUAUUAAGAACGGUUUUAAAAAUUGAGCGACCUUGAAAACAGCAUUGAAGCGUAUAAAUGAUAACAAAUUAAUUGUAAUGAUACAAAUAAAUAUAUACAUAUAAAUAAAAAAGAGCAGCAAACAACAAUGCAAAUAGAUAAACGCAGCUACACUUGCACUCACUAAGUAAUGUAGAUAGGACGAAAUAUUCAAGUAAACAAAUAUUAUGAUUGCAUAUAUUAAUGUUUAAGUACAUACAUAUAAUACAAUGAAGCCAUAAAGUUAUAGAUAAUACAAUAGAAGCGAUAUACAUACAUAUAUAGCAAGCGUUAACGUACACAUAAGCGCAUACAUACUAUACAUAUGCACAAUGAAAGCCCUGUAGGCAAUUCAAUGCAAACUUUUGUGAGCGGAGAGCAACUUUGUCGAUAUGUAUGUAUGUGCUUAUGACGUUUUAAGAAAUGCAUUACCUUUAAAAGAUAUAUAAAAUAAGAAAUACAAGUUCAAGUAAUGCGAGUAAUAUAGUUAUAUAUAAAAUAAAAUUAAAAAAAAAAAUAUUUAAAUUUGACAAAAUUAACAAAUAAUUAAUGAAAUCUCCCUCAACUACUAAAUAUACAUACAUAUAUGUAUGUAUUUGUUAUAUGUUUAUGCGCUUGCAGUAUUUUUUAGCUAAGCUUAAACAAAUUAUAUACGUACAUACUUUUUAAACUUUAGAUACAUACAUAUUUUGAGUAACGCUUUACAAAAGCUUUGUGUUUGACAAUAAUUCACAAUGAUCGAAUUUUUGUAAAAAUAACUACUCUUCUCUCUAUAUUUUUGUUGUUAACUAGUCAGAUCGAUUUAAAACUACUCAGAUUUUUAUUCAAAAGCAACUCUUAAAAGUUGAAUUUAAAUUUUAGCGUUCUCCAGUUUUGGACAAAUAACUUGUACUCUAUAUCAUUUGAAAUUAUAUGAAGUUUCUAAAUAUAUACUAUGUAUAGGCAGUUGAUUACAAGCUAUUCCCAACAAACAUAGAACAGAAGAACGGAACGGAAUAAGAAUAAUAAUGCGGUUGAGGUGAAUAACUGAACAAAUUUGUCAAUAGCUAUCUGAAUAUAGCUUAUGCAAUACUUUCAGCAGAUUGAAUGUAUGUAUGCCAAUAGUUUUAAGAUUGGUCUCCAGACUUUAAGCAAUUCGAGGUCUCUUCCGAAAAACGACG